AUGUACGUCAGAAGUGAUGUGCAAGCUGCCGAGUGCAGUUUCCUUCAAAGCUGGUACGGUUCAGCCCCGGCUUGGCUCCUCGUUGGAGGCCAGCCGGCCGUGGCGGAGGAAGUGCUGCAGAGGCACGGCAUCAGCUGCAUCUUGAGCUGUUGUGACAGGCUCCCCCUGCCUCCAUGGACCAGGAAUCACCGGGCCAGCAUGCGGGACUCGGCCGAGGAGAGGCUUGAGCCUUUCUUGGAGGAGGCUUUGCGCUUCCUACGCGAGGCGAAGGCAGCUCAGCAGAAGUGCUUGGUUGCCUGCCACGCUGGCAGCAGCCGCUCUGUGACCAUGGUGCUCGCCUAUCUCAUCAUGGAGGAGGGCAUGUCGCUGCACAAUGCCUGGGACCUGGUCCGAACGCAGCGCGGCAGCGCCCAGCCAAACCGGAGCUUCGCUCGCCAGUUGAUCGAGUUGGAUCGAGCUGUUCACGGAGUGACGUAA